AUGUGGAGAAGAGCAAAAGUUGUGGCUCACUUGAAGCCUGAUCCGCAACUGAUGGACGAACAGGAGCAGGAUUCAGACCCGGAAAGGCUUGCUGUGGCCAGGUUCUCAUGCUCACCCAGCAUAUCGAGGAUGGCCUCGAGAGAAACUGUACUGUGCGGACACGGCUGCUUUGGGCACUACCUGCCCAAAGUCGCCCAGAGUGAGGCCUCAACGUCCUGCCAUGAGUGCGGCGAUACAGACGAUACGGCACAACACACCCUAGAGGUGAGCAAUCGCUGGAGUGAGCAACGCCGCACUCUGGUAGCGACUAUAGGGGGAGAUCUCUCGCUGCCUAGCGUGGUAUCUGCCAUGCUAAGCGGCGUGGAAUCGUGGGAGGCAGUGGCCUUCUUUUGCGAGGAGGUGAUGUCGCAAAAGGAGGCCGCGGUACCGCGAUCCGGCGCAGGCGGCGGGGAAGAAGGCGAGUGCAGUUCGCUGCUCGUCUAA